CGCAAAAAGAGUUGCGAUUCCUUUCAUCCCUCUAGAAAUUUAUUUCCUUUCGUUUCUCGCGGUUUUGGAUUUGAUCCCAUUGUUCGUCUGAGUUCUGCCGCCGAUCUCCGAUUGAUGCUUGCCGGCUGAGCAGGCAGAAGGACAGCGAGUUUGUUUGUUCGGAAGUAAGCAGGAACCGCAUGAGUUUGUCUGGCAUCAAAGCUUUUCCAUAUUCGAAUUCAAACCACCUUACGACGUCUCUUCUGAUCCACAUCUCUCGUUUUCCUCCCCAAUUGCGGAUUUCUCUGUUUCAAGUCGAGCAGAAAUCGUUAGAUCCUAAUAGUAGUGAUAAUAAUUUCGAUAGUAAUUCUAGUAAUCCCGAUAGUAAUCGUCAUUAAUCGCCGAUCGUCGUUGAAUCAUGGAGUCGGGAAAGAGGGAUCGUCAAUCGCGUACAGCCGUUUGUUUCUCAACUGAUCAGAUGAGGAAGACAAGGUCAUCUUCCGCAAUAGUGAUCGGAGCUGGUUUUGCUGGGCUGGCUGCUGCUCGGACCCUUGAAGAUGCCUCCUUUCAGGUUGUUGUUCUGGAGUCCCGAGACCGGAUUGGUGGGAGAAUUCAUACCGAUUACUCGUUCGGUUUCCCUGUUGAUCUUGGUGCAUCUUGGUUGCAUGGUGUAUGCAAAGAGAAUCCUCUCGCAUCAUUGAUUGGGGGACUGGGGCUGCCCCUGUACCGUACCAGUGGUGAUGAUUCUGUCCUGUAUGAUCAUGAUCUCGAGAGUUUUGCUUUGUAUGAUACGGAUGGAAACCAAGUUCCUCAAGAGUUGGUUUCAAAGGUUGGCAAAAUUUUCGAGUGCAUUUUGGAAGAGGUCAACAAAGUUAGAGAGGAGUAUGUGGAAGACAUGUCGAUAUCUCAGGCCUUUUCUAUUGUAUUUGAGAGGAGACCUGACUUUAGAUUGGAGGGGCUUGGACACAAUGUGCUUCAGUGGUAUUUGUGCCGGAUGGAAGGGUGGUUUGCUGCUGAUUCUGAUACAAUCUCUGCUAAGUGCUGGGACGAGGAAGAAUUGCUGCGUGGUGGACAUGGUCUCAUGGUUAGAGGUUAUCGUCCUGUCAUCAAUACUCUUGCCAAAGGUCUUGAUAUUCGACUUGGCCACAGGGUGACCAAGAUCAUGAGGGACUACAAGGGAGUGAAGGUCACCACUGAAAACGGGGACACGUUUGUUGCGGAUGCGGCUGUUAUCGCUGUACCUCUUGGGGUCCUGAAAGCUGGAAUCGUAGAAUUCGAACCGAGGCUUCCGAACUGGAAGCAAGAAGCCAUUGAUGGUAUCGGUGUCGGGAUUGAGAACAAGAUUAUAUUGCACUUUGACAAGGUCUUCUGGCCGAACGUUGAGUUUCUCGGGGUGGUCGCUGAUACCACCUACGGCUGUAGUUAUUUCUUGAACCUGCACAAGGCAACGGGUCAUUCCGUUCUGGUUUACAUGCCAGCUGGGCAGCUAGCCAAAGACAUCGAGAAACUGUCCGACGAAGCAGCCGCCGAUUUCGCUUUCAUGCAGCUCAAGAAAAUUCUCCCCGACUCAUCCCCGCCUGUACAAUAUCUGGUGUCGAGGUGGGGGUCGGACAUCAACUCGCUCGGGUCAUACAGCUACGACAUUGUGGGCAAACCUCACGAGUUCUACGAGCAGCUGAGGGUGCCGGUGGAUAACCUAUUCUUCGCGGGGGAGGCGACAAGCAUGAGCUACUCGGGUUCAGUUCACGCUGCUUACUCGACGGGACUUAUGGCAGCCGAAGAUUGCAGGAUGCGAGUCCUCGAGCGUUACGGUGAGUUGGAUCUCUCCGAGGCCGAGGACGAAUCCGUCUCGAUCCCGCUUCUAAUCUCCCGGAUGUAACAUCGUCUUCAUCCGCCCUCUCCUCUCCAUUCAGCUUUAUGAUUACUAUUAUCACCGUACCAGCAAUAAUCAAUCAGUGUUCCGUUGUC